AUGGCACCACGAAACCAGAGAAGAUAUCGACGCGGACAAGAUCAAACUUGGAGAGAAAAAUGGACAAUUUUCAAGCAUAAUCGGAGGAAAGCAAGUUGGCAUGAAUUGAUUGCUUAUGGUAUUAUUCUAAAUGUAUUUGGAGCUGCUCUCCUGCUUAUAAAAGCACAAUUGGACAAAGAUGUGAUAAAAGCGGCGGUAGAUCAAAAGUUUCGAGAUGCUGGAAUUCGUGUGAAUUCCACAGAUGGAACAGAUGAAGAAGAGGAGAUUACUGAGCCAAGUGCAGUACUUUUAGUGAUGAUUACGAUGGGUGGAAGGAUGGCAAAUGUUGUGGGGACAAUGAAAUUAUAUAAGGGUCUCGGAAAGUACUUAUCCGACAGAAAACGAAAGAAAUUCCAGUCGACAACUGAAAGAAUUCAGAACGGUGAAGCAGAGACGGAAUGCACGGAACUUCUUGCUGACUGUUGUCAGAUAUGCUAA